CAAAAACAAACAUCAAUUAUUAUCACAAAAGAAGGAUAAAAGAAAGAAAAAAUAAAAAAACAAAAGAACAAACCAAAAUUGAGUGCCAGUUGAAGACUGCGACCGAAGAAAAAGGGCAAAAGAAAAUCCGAAAUAGUUCCGCCAUAGGAGAAAACCUUGGACAUAUGAUGUAUGGAGUAGUUUUAUAAACAAAAUCUGUCCCUUUUCCACCUCAAUUUUUCACUCCUUUCUUUUUGUUCAAGCAUGCUUACAAAAGCAUUGAAUACACUUUUUGCCUCAUCUGCUCCGCAUAAACCCUAAAAAUAAUUCUAUUCAUUCACUUCAAUUUUUUUUUCUUUUUUUUUUGGGGGGAAUUUCAUCCCGGAGAUAUUGUUGUCUGUAUAAUUUUAUAUUAUGUAUAGAUCUGGAGCAGUGAUGGCGUGGAACGUGUUCAAAUUUUGCGCGGCCUUAAGAGGUCUGGGUUCGAUUAUGAUCUUGGUGGUUCUGGGCGUUGUCGGCGUCACCUAUUACGCCGUUGUUGUGUGUAAUUACGGCCCUGCCCUCGCCGACGGCGGCCUCGAUUCCCUCAUCGCCGUCCUCGUCUUGAUCUUAUUUCAUUCUUUGUUGGUGAUGCUGCUGUGGAGUUAUUUCGCUGUUGUCUUUACGGAUCCAGGUACCGUGCCUCCUAAUUGGAGGCCUGAAUUGGAUGAAGAAACUGGAGACGCCGAUCCAUUGACAGCAGCAGAAUUCGGUUCUGCACAAGCUGACCCUGCCAAUCCGAGAGUACGAUACUGUAGAAAGUGCAAUCAAUUUAAACCGCCACGGUGCCAUCAUUGCUCUGUUUGUGGGAGGUGCGUGCUAAAAAUGGACCACCACUGUGUAUGGGUUGUGAACUGUGUUGGUGCAUUGAACUACAAGUAUUUUCUUCUUUUCCUGUUCUACACAUUUCUGGAGACAAGUCUUGCAACACUAUCGUUAUUACCACAUUUUAUUGCUUUCUUCAGUGAUGGGGAGAUUCCCGGAACUCCAAGCACUCUUGCUACAACAUUUCUUGCAUUCGUAUUGAAUCUGGCUUUUGCUUUGAGCGUAUUGGGGUUCCUGAUCAUGCACAUAUCUUUGGUUGCUGGGAAUACAACUACGAUUGAGGCAUAUGAAAAGAAGACUACUCCGAAGUGGCGUUAUGACCUGGGUCGAAAGAGGAACUUUGAACAGGUUUUUGGACUGGACAAAUGGUAUUGGUUCAUUCCAAAAUAUUCAGAUGAAGAUCUACGAAGGAUACCUGCGCUUCAGGGGCUUGAAUAUCCUUCAAAACCUGAGUUUGAUGCUCAAGAGUUUUAGAGAUCAUGAUCAUUUGGUUGCUGGAAAAAUGGGUUUCUUGUUGCAGCUUCUUUGGAGCACCAGAGGAUGAUGAUUUCAAGUUUAGGAUCAAUUGAUUAGACACGGGUAUUUGAUCUUGCCAUAAAUAGUUUGUACUUGUUAACAACACUUUCUGGAUUGAAGUCAGAUAGAUUGGGGGAUAUGGGGGUCUGGUGCUAUCCAUCUGCUGGUACCCAUUGAAGGGUUAAGGAUGAUCAAUGAUGUUGCUGGAAUUGAAGGCUUGAAGGCUUGAAGCCCGUGGAACGCAGAAACGCUAGGUACGGUACACGAUGAUCUCAUUUCUAACCUACGUUGUUGUGAAUUUGAACUCUGGUCUGUGUAAAAUGUAGGAAUUUACUUGGUGGAUGGAGAUGUUAUUGUAAUAUUAUUUUUAGAAUUCUUAGAAAGUGUAGAUAGUCUUUCUAGCUCUCACACGAAACCGACAUCUCUUUGUGAUUAGUUUGCUGAUGCCGGCAAAAGAUCAAUUACAGCCUGUUGUUAAGACUUGUACUGAUGUCUUGUGAUAAAUUAUAUGCAUUUAAUUCCAUGCUGAAAGCAAUUUCUCUUCAUGAGAUCUGUCUGACUAAUUAUUGGGUACAGGGCACUUGAUUAGACUACAAAAUAAUUGUUGAGAGACUUGAAUCUUUUUAAGAAAUGCUCCAAACUAGUAGUCUCGACAAUUCAAUUUCUCUGGACGCCAAGUUGAUUGAUUGCGGAAGAAUAAAUGUUACAGUGUUAUUUUCGUUUAAAAGCUCCUGUAACGAAGCCUAUUCAUUAGUUUGGCUUCAAUCUUCUGCGUUCAAAAUCAGAAGUCACUUAAACUUUCUGCUCUUGAUUCAUAGUGCUAUCAAUUUCUUCCUAUUUUCAAAGAGGGAUCAACGGCACCCCCUUUGGCAAUCCCAGCAAAGAGCUUAGCAAUCUCCAGUUGAGUGUUGGCAAUAAUCUCAGUUCUCUUGAGGUCCAUUUCCCCCCUUCUGGCCUCUGUUUCGGCACGCAUCCUCUCUAACUCCCUCAUUGUGUCCAUUCUGGCUUGCUCUGAUCUCACCACAACUUCUGCCAACAGUCUAAUGCUGUCUGCAAUGGCACAACUUUCCCUUCUGUGCUUCUUCUUUUCUAUUCUUAUCUUUGUAUGUUUCGACUUCAACUUCUCCUUGUCACUGUAUAUAGCUGGAGUGCUGCUAUCCGUCUCAACGGCAUCUUUACCAGAUUCUGGAUUGGAAAAAUUGGGAACACCAGCUCCAUCUUCCUGUAGUAUCAGAGUAAAACCUAGAAAGUUCAGGAAACAGCAAAAGAGCCUAAAUGCGAUCUCCAAAGUUUUACUAUUGAUUUACUCAACUUGUUAUCUUUAUCUCUGAUCAUUUUUACCAUAAUUAGCCCAUAGCUUUUUAGAAAAUAUGGGAGAAGGUGAAUAUUUUGUAAUAUAUAUGGAGGCAUGUCAUGUAUGAUUUCCUUUAUUUUCUUGUUUUGUGUUUCAAUGAUUCUUUUUUUGAACAUGUCUACAUCUUGCUGGCUAUAUGUCUAACAAUGAUUAAAAUGUAGAAACAAGGCCAAAAUUAUGAGAUGGAUGUCUACGUGUCUCAAGAAAUUCUGAGCCUAACUUGGAAUUGUAAACAACAUGAAUAUAGCAGGGACCCAAUAUAUAUUCUCUUCUCCAUUUUCAAACCAACUAACCUUGACAACUCGUUCACAACCAUUGGAAUCAUGGGAAACUUGUGGAUUAAUGGUCCCCUGUUGAGCCAUAGCUAGUCCAGCGGGAGCUGCUGAGGGAUGCUGCUGAGGUGGAUCAUGGAAUACUAAUGAAGGGUGGGAAGCAACCGGAGGUGGAAGUGGUGCUGGUGGUGGAGGAGGAGGAGGAGGAUGUGAUGGUGUUGGUGGAGGAUGAGAAUUCCCACGUAGCAAGAGAUCAAGCCUGGAAUACAGCGGCCAGGAGGAGCCGUCAGCAGCGGCAGAUUCCGACCUGUACCUCUUCUUCAUGGACUCAAUCUUGUUCUUGCACUGCGUUUGAGUUUUAGGCAACUUGGUUGAAUUUGCUCUUGCUGAGACAUGCUUGGCCACAUCUUCCCAAUCUUGACCUUUGAGUUUUGCUCUGUUUCUAAGUAUCCAUUUUUCUUCAUAGGCUUCAAGAAGACUCGAAACAGCCCCUUCACUCCAUUCAUCUCUUUUUAGUCUAUCACUAUUGCCACCACCACCACCACUACCGUUUCCUCCGCCACCACCGGCCGUGGCGGCUACUACCACUGGUGGUUUUCUAGGAGAGUUACUAUUAUCUUCUCUAUCCAUCCCUCCUCCUCCUCAUGAUAGUUUAGUCUGAUCAAAGUUUUAUCCAGGCUUAGCUUGUUAAUUACAUGAGAUGGAGACUUUCACUAAUGAUGAAAGAAGGCCACUGGAAUCUUUUAGAGGGAGAAAAGGAUCAUAGGGAGUACUAUGCUAGAACGCAAAAACUAGUGGCCGACUAGAGGAGAGGGAAGAAAAAGGAAGAAGAAUGAGGGAGAAGAGGCACUAACAUUAGUGAGGAAGAAAAGGGAGGGAAUGAAAUGUGAGAAAAGGGGGAAAUAAUAGUGAUCAUAGUGGCAAAUCCAAAGAAUGCUUUAUACUUUGUCAAAUGAGCUAAUGAUAGUGAUCUAACCUUUUUUUUCUCACACACUUUCUUUUUGGGCUAGUGUUUUAACCUUUUUCUUUGGUAUUGUGUAGUUGGUGUUUUUUUGUGCUAUUCUUUCUUUCUAGCUUUCCUGGUUGUGGUGUUUUGAGAGUAUUUUUUUUGGCUGUUAGCGUUGAUAUGAAGCCAACCAUGACAUCCACCGAUGGCAGUAGUGGUCACGGGUCAGAAUGUUGAGAGGGGCUGUUUUUCAACAUGCAUAUCGUACAUAUACUGAUAGAUCAAUACAGGGAAUUGUAACUGUUUAACUCAAGUCACUCAACUUUCGUAAUUAGUAGUGUAACGGUUGUAAUGAUAAGGUUUUACGAGUUUUAGAGCAACAUAGGCAGUUUGAAAGAGUAUCUGAUCUGCAUGUGGUGUAUGUGAGAAUUGGAAGAAUAUUGUAAAAUCAUCAUCCCUUUCAAAAGAAACAUUGAUGUUCGAUUGAUGGUCGGAACUUUGAACUUGGGAAGGGAACAAAAGAAGAUUGAGCCGUGUACUGAACAUGUUUUUGGAGAGGUAAAUAGUUCAUCACUGCCA